GUGGAUGGGGCUGGCCUGGCUGCUGGGGCUGGCGCAACUCGGAGCCUCCCCCCUCACCGCCGGGCCGCGGGACGAGGUGCAGGCGGCGGCGCUGCAGCGGCUUCGGGAGGUGUUCGACAUCGAGGAGCUGCCCCCCGACGUGCUGCCCCGCAAAAAGCCGCCGCAGUUCAUGGUGGAUCUCUUUAACAAGGUGGCCGACGCCAACGGCAUCACCCGCGCGCCUGGGCUGCUGGAGGGAGACGUGGUGCGCAGCUUCGAGGACCGAGCUCCCGUGGAGCGGGACCGCUUCUUUUUCGACGUCAGCGCCAUGGAGAGGGGUGAGCAGGUGCUGAAGGCCGAGCUGAGGGUGUUCAAGCUGAGGAGGAGGCGCGUGGCCAGGAGAGCCGAUCCGCAGCACUUCUGCAAGGUGGAAGUGUAUGAGCUCCUGGAGGGUGGAAGUAAUCCACUGAAAAAAAAUCUCAUUGCAUCAAGAUUGUUGUCUCUGUACUCGGAAGGCUGGGAAGUAUUCAACGUCACACAGACGGUUUCCAAGUGGGUCGGAAGCAGUAACUCCAACCAUGGCUUUUUGAUAACUGCAACACACUUACUCAGCAAUAGGAUUGAACACAACCUGGUUGCAUUUGCAAAGGGACAGGGCAAUUUGCAGGAGAGCAGAAAUGCUCUCCUUGUCCUCUUCACCAACAGUAAUAAACGGAGGUCUUCCAGCUUUGUACCCUCUUCUACAAAUGAACUGAAGUCCCUCAAUCUCCUCUACUUUGAUGACAAAGAGAAUGUGGUUCUUAAAAAUUACAGAGACAUGGUGGCAACAAGGUUGUUUUUAAUGCUGGACUUGUUUACACAGACGAGAGGAGGAACAGGAGAAAUACCAUCCCAUGACCCGCCGCAAUUUCCUCAUCAUUUUCCUGGAGUCCCAACUUCGCGGGGAAACAUCUAUGAGAGGAGGGCACGGAGAGACGUAGGAAGAGCGGUGACAGCAGCUUUGCUUACGGGGAAAGGAGUGACCCCGCGCUUCUCCCGGCAGGACGCGGCACACAGCGCCCAGCCGAGCAACGCCGGGAGGGGUGCGGAGCUCUCCGUGGUGCUGAAACGCGCCCCUGGGUUCCGUUCGCCGGAGGACGGGCACCCAAGACUCCCAAGCUUUAACUUUUAA